CGCUUCUGCAUCCACGCCGCGUACAGUGCAUAUUCUGCUCCGGCUGCUCUGUGGAAGCCCUGCGACUGGUCGUGACCAGAUCCAUCUUGCAGCUCAGCUUUGUUCAUUCGAAGUGGGUGAGCGGCGGCGGCCAGCGCGGAGCAAACAUGCAGUGGCUUCGGGAUAUUUUGCUGUGUAUGCUGCUAGCGGCGGUGGUCCCCACUGUCCCCACUCCUGCCCCGACGGCCACUUGGACUCCGGCAGAGCCGGGCCCGGCUCUUAACUACCCUCAGGAGGAAGCUACGCUCAAUGAGAUGUUCCGAGAGGUAGAGGAGCUGAUGGAAGACACUCAGCACAAACUGCGCAGCGCGGUGGAGGAGAUGGAGGCGGAAGAAGCGGCUGCUAGAACGUCCUCUGAGGUGACCCUGUCAAGUUUACCUGCCAACUACCACAACGAGACCAACACGGACACCAGGAUGGGAAAUAACACAGCCCAUGUGCACCAGGAGGUUCACAAGAUAACCAACAACCAGAGUGGACAGAUGGUCUUUUCUGAGACAGUCAUUACAUCUGUAGGGGAUGAAGAAGGCAAGAAGAGCCAUGAAUGUAUCAUUGAUGAGGACUGCGGACCCACCAGGUACUGCCAGUUCUCCAGCUUCAAGUAUACCUGCCAGCCGUGCCGGGACCAGCAGAUGCUAUGCACCCGAGACAGUGAGUGCUGUGGAGACCAGCUUUGUGCCUGGGGUCACUGCACCCAAAAGGCCACCAAAGGUAGCAAUGGGACCAUCUGUGACAACCAGAGGGAUUGCCAGCCUGGCCUGUGCUGUGCCUUCCAAAGAGGCCUGCUGUUCCCUGUGUGCACACCCCUGCCCGUGGAGGGGGAGCUCUGCCAUGACCCCACCAGCCAGAUGCUCGACCUCAUCACCUGGGAACUGGAGCCUGAAGGCGCUUUGGACCGAUGCCCCUGUGCCAGUGGCCUCCUCUGCCAGCCACACAGCCACAGUCUGGUAUACAUGUGCAAGCCAGCCUUCGUUGGCAGCCAUGACCACAAUGAGGAGAGCCAGCUGCCCAGGGAGGCCCUGGAUGACUACGAAGAUGUUGGCUUCAUAGGGGAGGUGCGUCAGGAGCUGGAAGACCUGGAGCGGAGCCUGGCCCAGGAGAUGGCAUUUGAGGAGGCCACCCCUGUGGAUUCACUAGGUGGAGAGGAGAUUUAGACCCAGACCCAGCUGAGUCGCUGGUAGAUGUGCAAUAGAAAUGGCUAAUUUAUUUUCCCAGGAGUGUCCCCAGGUGUGGAAUGGCCACAGCUCCUUCCCAGUAGCUUUUCCUCUGGCUUGACAAGGUACAGUGCAGUGCAUUUCUUCCAGCUGCCCCACUUCUCUGGCUUGGGAAAGAAAGACAGGCGUGGCAGGUAAGGGGAGCGGUGAGCUGCCCCACAUUGUUGCUAGACAUGCAACAAUUGUUUGUUCUUCAUGGAUUGAAGAUUUGUUUGAAGGGAGAGGAUGGGAAAGGGGAUAAGUCUGCCCAUGAUAGGUUUGGGGGAUACAGGGAGGACGGUGCCUGCCUUGCAAACGUGGACCUGGCAAAAUGUAGCCGUUGUUUUUGUCUUGUGCCCCUCCCAUGGGCUGAGGAAGUGACUACACAGGAGCUAUGCUGCUCUUGUGGCCUCCCACACAUUCAUCUCUCAGUCCUGUGUUUUAGCUCCUACCUCAGUGUCAACACAGCCUUUCAUAGCCACGUUCCCUCUUGAUCACCACAGCCUAGGAGGGGACAGGAGUGGGUUUCUCUCCAAGCUUCAUGAUCUCUCACUCAACCCCACACCAGCCUUGGUACCACCAACAGUACUUUCAACAGGAGGGGAGUAAAACCCUUUUGUUUCUAUUUUACUUCUCCAAGGCAUGCUUGGAGUUUGCAUGUCCCCCUGUUAGUAGCAGUGUGGUGGGCAUUGUCCUCCACCAUCUGCGUCAAUACCUCCGAAAGUCAGUGUACAUUAAUUUGCAAGAAAUAUGCUUGGGUAAUUGUAGGGCCAGGAUUGUGAAUGAAACUUGCAAAGUUGCUUAGCAAUAAUGGAAGGUCUUUCUCAAUCACACAGAGAAAUCAAAACCAAGCCAGGCUGUGUAAAAUACAGCUGUGACAUCCAGACAGAAGGCUGAGCUGGCUGUCAGGCCUCAGAUGACGGUUUCAGGUGCCAGGAACUAUUUCCAUUCUGUAUUUAUCCAGAGUUAUUAAAAUUUAAAGUUGCACACAGUUGUAUAAGCAUGCUUUCCCCCCUGAGGUUUAAAUUAUGUGUACACAAAUGUGUUGCUCUCAAAGAUCAUGCAGAAAUCACUUUGGCUACUCUUUGGUAAUUCUUGGACUUUUUGAUUUUCAAUAAAUAUAAACCCUCUUCAUGCAAAAUAAAAUAAAAUAAUCUGUAGUAUAAAGAGACCAAAAAUUAAAAUUCCAUAGAAGCAGAUUUUCCAGGCAUCUGCAGCUCACCUCAUUUAGAGUCUGAAUAUGUUGGAACUCUUAUCCUUGUCUGGAUGGGAAUUAGUUUUAAGAGAGAAAAUACUUUACUGUCUCCCAAAAGAACAAAUGGAAUAUAUGAGUCUUCUCUUGGAGGCUCUCUGAGCAAAUGCAGUCCUGGGGCUGUGCUAGCAUCGUUACUGUAGCAAAACAGCUGAAGUGAUUAACUUACACACAUUUUUAAAAAAGGGUUAAUUGGGUUCAGCAUUUCAGGUUUCUGUCAUGAUCCUAUUGCGUUGAAACUAUUGAGAGGCAGCAUAACACGGCAGGGGCAUGUGGUAGAGUCAAGCUGCUCCCUUUCUGGCUAAGAGAAAGUGCAAUGUGCAGUCUUGUACAGGGCACACCUUCCCCCCGGGGUCUGGGCACUCUCACAAGGACCCACCCCGUAAAGACCACUCUACAGCCUUGGGUUUAGUUACUCUUCUGGGUGCUACGAUCAAACACCCAACAAGAAGCAACCUGAGGGAGGAGGGUUUAUUUGGGCUCCUGGUUCAAGCAGGGAGUCCUUGAUGGCAGGGAGGGUAUGGCGUUAGAGUGUGGGGCUCCAUCCCGCAGUAUAGGGGAUCGGGAAGCAAAGGAAGCAAUGUAGGACUCAGCUUUCUCCCUCUUUCCCUUUUCAUUUAUUCUGGGACCCCAACCCUUGGGGAGGUGCCGCCCACAAUAAGGGUGAGUUUUCUUUCCUCAGAACCCUCUGGAAACUUCUGGCCUAAUAGAUAUGUGCAGAGGUGUGCCCCUAAGUGAUUCAAGUCCAUCCGGUUCCAAGACAUAUAAGCGUGACGCACUAACUCUGCCACAUAGCACCGAGUCCCUCUUAAAAGCCUUUACUUCUCAUCCGAAGCUAUCACAGAAAAGAGAUGUAAACAUUUAGAAAGACAAUAAAUGUACUUGAUGAAGUCA